AUUAGGCGGUUUUCCUCGAAUGAAUAAUCUGCUUCAUAUUCGUGAAGCUGGCCUGUAGAUUUCUAAAAAUUGCUUGAUUUUUCUUAUUAAACUUUCAAACUAAAGGAUUGUGUAUACCAAGAUAUGUCAGGGAAAACAAUCCAUCAUAUCGAAAUUAUUAAUUGUAUCAAAUGUAAAACUGAAGAAAAAUAUUAUGUAAGUAUUUUUUUAUUUGAAAAAGAUAAUAGGAGUUUUUGAUGAUACAACAAAAUACUAGCAUUUGAAGUAACAGCUAAUCUGGAGAUGGACACCAAAACAUCUAAACUUAAAAUAUCAGUAAGUCGAAGAAAGGCCAAAAAUCUAAAUACUACCAAUAUUGCGAGUUGUCAUGUUAAAUCGUUAAGUUUUUUGUGGCCUUCUAUUUAAUUUUGGCAGGCUACCAGUAGAAUUCCUUUGAAUAAAUAUUUUAUAUUAAUAAAAAUGAAAUUGAGAAGAAAAAAUUGUUUAAAAACAUUGCUUAUGUUGGCAUUUUUAGUUGCUAAUUAAAUCCUAGCUGCUGGUGUCCGAUAUCAAUCUGGUUCUAAGUUAGAAGGAUAUCUACUUGUUUAAAAAAUUUUGAUCUACCUAUUUAAGUAGAAUGCAGAGUAGCUAACAAUCCAAAAAAAGUACAUGUCUAUAUUAUCAAUUACGGUCAAUGUGUAUCUUGAAAAAUGUUAUGUCAGUUUUAUUAGUUACUAAUAUUAUUUAAGAAAAUCAAACUGCAAGUUUUUAUGACAUGUUUGCAAUUUAUGCACUUUGCAAAUACUAUUCAUUAAAUUUUGUAAAUGUUAUUUUUGUCUGAGAAAUGCUAUUUUCUUAUCAGCCUUUUAACUGAGAGUUACUUUUUUGUACGUCUUUAUAGGUUUAUGCCAUUAAGCUGCUAUGGACAGAUGGGACGAAAAAUGUAGUUUAUCGAAGAUACAGCGAAUUUCGAAAAUUGCAUGUGAGUUUUCAAAUUCAUGAGAUUAAAUGUCAAAUAGGUUGGCUAAGUAUGGGUCAUGCGAUUAUUCAUACAUUUUCGUUUGCAACUUACUGAUAAUUAAAAUAUCCUGUCGAAUUAGUUAAAAGUUAUCCUCAUUUGUUCAAAUUUGGGACAAAUUUUGAAGAAAUAAUGCCAAAAUUUCCUCCCAAGCAUCCUAGGAAAUGUCGACAAAUUGCAGAAAGUCGGCUUAAACCUCUAAAUGAUUAUUGCAAGUCUCUUCAAACCUUGGAAAAGUAUUUUAGCCGGGAUAUUCUUGUUCAGACCUUCUUCAGCCCUAAGGAGAGUGAUCUUGAUGAUAACGAACCAUCAAGAAAUAAUUCUUCAAAAAAUAUGGAAAUAUCCACUCCCAGGAAACUACAAGAAUGGCUAUGCAUAGAAGACUUUUGUCCUGAGGGAGAGUAUGAGGUAGCUGUAAAAAAAUUUGAAAUUGUCCGAGUGAUGGAAAAGUUUGAUAGCGGGUGGUGGCGAAUAAGCACGGAAGAUGGCUCUAUAGGUUGCGUUCCGGCUUCAUAUCUUCAACUCAGUCAAAACAAUGUUGUUCUGCCAGAGGCAAAAUGGUAUGAAUGUAUAAAGCCCUACUCCGCUUCUACUGACGAUGAAUUAUCACUAGAGUUGAAUCAGGAAGUCUUAAUUACAAAAACAAACGUAACGGGAUGGUGGCUAGGAUGGGCCAAUGGAAGAGAAGGCCUAAUUCCAAAGGCCUGUAUAAAGGAAAAAACAUCAAAUGCUGCUGAUGGAAACAGUUUUAGAAAAGAGAAUUUUCAUUUAUCUGUUGGCUUAUUCAAAGCUAUAGAAGAUUAUGCACCAGUCUCCGAUAAUUGCGUCAAACUUAACUCUGGGGAUAUAGUUUGCAUAACAGCAAUAUAUCCUGAUAAUUGUUGGAUGUAUGGAACAAAGCAUUUAUCUCGAAUACCAUGUGACAAAAAGCGUUGUAAUAAAUGCGGCUGGAUACCUGCUCAAUUUUUGAUUAAAGUACCAGAUAAUUCAUGUUCUAUUGCAUCAGAAAAUGGUAUUAAUGGGGAAAAUAUCUCAGAAUCCACAUGUGAAUCUUUGGACAGCCAUCCAGUCAGGGGAAUAUUUAAAUUGUAAAAAACCUCCUAUAGUGAAGCCUAAACCAACUAUUAGAUAAGCAUAUAAGAAAAAUGGCCUAAAAAGAAUUUAUUAAAUAUAAAGGCAUAAUAUGAUUCAACAUUAUUUCAUAAAUCUAUCAUUGCAUAAAUUUAUCUUUGCAAGUCUUUAAUUUAAAUAGAAUAUUUAAAACAAACAAUUGAUUUGAAGAUAUAGAUUGUCAUAUUCUCUCGUUCAUAUCUUUGUACAGCUUUCACUCAUUAUUUCUGAAUAUUUAUUCAUCAAACGAUCACAGUAUUAAAUUAAUAGUUAAUUAGAUGCAAUCGUUAUUUAAAUUGGGGUGUUUGUUUUAAUCGAGGCUAGGUGACCUUAAUAACUAUUAUUUGUGGGACUAAGGAGUUUAUGUAAAAUAUUUAACGGUAUCUUUAUGAAUGGAGUCAAAUAAAUUUUUAAAAUAUUUCUUAUUCACUUUGUAUAUUCAAACUCAUAACUGUUCCUUUGACAAGUACACCACAAUAAAUAAUGAUGUCCGUAUAUCUUACUUAUUAAACUUUGAAAUAUAAAAUUUUUAGAAAUUUUUUUUGACAAUAGAUAAAUUUGGUGGGAAAUUCUUUCACAUCUGCAACGAUUGCUCUAGUUUUAUUAUUUGACUGAGUUAUUUUAUUAAGUAAACGAUGUAUAGCUAUAUUUAGUAACAAUCUAAUUUAUAGAAAAUGCUUUGUUCAUAUGAACAUUACUCUUCCUGAAAAGUAGAAUAUUGCCAUGACAGACUAGACUGUUUGAGCAGACACAUAUAAAAGAUAUACUUCUUUAUAUA